AUGGCUGGGCUCUACUCUGACUUGAGUGAAGCCCGGUGCGACGACGUCGUAGACAGUUCGUUCAGAUACGCGCUCGGCUCUCCCGGUGCGACGACAAAGGGUGCGAUCGCGAGCAAUGAGGCAGAGAGGAGACGUAUGGAGGGCAUCACCGCUGGGGUCGUGAUGACGUCCAGCAGAGAGUCUCGCCGUCGAAAAAUUGACGCGAUCUGGGAGGGACAGGCUCGGAGUGAGAUGAUCCGGCGGCAGACUCGCCAGCGCAGAGAGUAUCUGUACAAGAAAGCGCUAGAGACGCAAGAGCGGCAGAUCUGGGAGAGGAAGCAAAAAGUCAAAGAUGCACUUGCCAGGGGGAAAGCUGUGCCCUCAGAUCUGCGCAAGGACCAGGAAGGUCUAGAGAAGGAUCUCAAGUAUGACAACAGUCAGGCAGAGCCCAGUACGCACAUUGAUGACGAGUACUCUCAGGCGGGCUUGUACGAUCCCAACAUCGUCGUCACAACUUCCCGAGAUCCUAGUAGUCGGCUUGCCCAGUUCGCAAAGGAAAUGCGAUUGGUCUUGCCCAAUGCUCACCGACUCAACAGAGGCAAUGCGGUCAUGCGAGAGCUGGCAGAAGCCUGCCGCGCGAACAAUGUCACCGAUCUCGUCGUCUUGCACGAGCAUCGAGGCGUGCCAGAUGCGAUGAUCGUGUCCCACUUCCCGCAUGGACCUACGACGCUGUUCACUCUACACAAUGUCGUCUUGCGUCACGAUACGACCUCGUUCAGCACUUCGACCGUCUCGGAGCAAUACCCUCAUCUGAUUUUCGACAAUUUCUCUUCCAAGCUCGGCAACCGCAUACAGAGUGUGCUCAAACAUCUCUUCCCUGUGCCCAAGCCAGACGCAACCCGGACAAUGACCUUUGCGAACGAAGGCGACUUCAUCUCGUUCAGACAUCACAUCUUUGUCAAAUCGUCGCACAAAGAGGUGCAACUAGCCGAAGUGGGGCCUCGUUUCGAAAUGCGUGCAUAUGAGAUCCGGCAAGGCACGAUCGAGCAGGCGGACGCAGAUAUAGAGUGGGUUCUCAGGCCGUAUCAACGGACAGCAAGCAAACGCAAUCAGCUAUAA